AUGUCUCCAACAACUCCCCAUCCUUCCCAACAGCCUGAUGCCGCCACCUCCCAAGUCGGACAGUCCCCCUCCUCUUCCUCCCGCACCGCCGAACUCGCCAGUCUUAAAGUAAGCCUGCGCGCCGCUCUGCGCCAGUACCCCGACUUCCCGUCUCCUGGAAUUUUGUUCGAAGAUAUCUUGCCCAUCUUCGCCAAUCCUACUUUGCACGAAUCCCUUCUUCGCAGUCUGGAGCUGCACAUCCUUGAAAACCACGGCAACCAGAAGCCUGAUGUUAUUGUCGGUCUUGAGGCACGAGGCUUCCUUAUGGGUCCCAGCCUCGCUUUGAGACUUGGCGCGAGCUUCGUCCCUGUGCGCAAGCAGGGAAAACUGCCCGGUCCAUGUGAAACCCAGGCCUACGAAAAGGAGUACGGUCAGGACUUCUUCCAGAUGCAGGCUGACUCAAUCAAGCCUGGCCAGAAGGUGAUUGUGGUGGACGAUAUCAUUGCAACUGGCGGUUCGGCCUGGGCGGCGGGCGAACUUAUCAAGAAGAUGGGCGGCGAGCUUAUGAGCUUCCUUUUCAUCCUCGAACUUGAGUUCCUUAAGGGGCGGGAAAAGCUUCCUGCUCCGGUCUACACCCUUCUCUCUGGCCAGGAAGAAAAGCAUCAUUGA